AUGCCAUCAGCAAACUCAGCCGCCGGCUUCCUGCGCCGAAUUCUUCUGUGUGGAUUCGGAGUGACUCUGGCACAGGUACCGACAGAGUUGGCAGGUCUCGUUGCCUUCUUUGACGUGGACCUGGACUUUCGUGAAAUUGAGGGUGUGCUGUCCUUUGUCAAGGCAUCAUCUGAGGCAAACAUUGACAGCUACAAGGUGUACUGGGGAGCUUCACCGACCGUAAAGCUGCUGCCAUUUUUCGACCUUCCGGCCACUGGAUUCGCGCCCUCAUACACUGUACCCACAGGGACUGCUAUUCCGCAGGUUUCGGGAGUGUAUGCUUCCCAUUUCUUGGUGUACAGCUCAAACUCGUUUGGAGAAAGUAGUUCUGCCUCAAGUCUGGCCUUCACGGACCGCCAUGUACCAGCGCAAGGUCCCAGUGGAGUGUCAUUUACAGACACAGAUCUCAAGCACGGAGAAGUUACAGGAACAAUAACUAUUGCGAGGGCUUCCAGCGAAUCGGAUGUGACCAACUAUGUUUUGUACUGGGGAUCCUCGCCUACUAACUUCUUGCUAUACAUCGCGCAGUUGCCAGUCGCCACAAAUCCCAUGAGCUAUGCUCUCACAUCCACAGCCAUUCCAUCAGGUGGAACUCACAUCCUAGCAUACACUAUGAACGCGGAUGGCUUGAAUGAAGCAGACAUCGCCAGCACGUUAGUCUAUGACCAGGGUAUCCCAGAGCAUCCAGCAACAUCACUAGCCUUUGUUGACUUGGAUCUUGUCCAAGGAGAGAUUGGCGGAUUCAUUACUAUAGGAGCUGCUAGUGAUGAAAGCAUCAUCACAUCGUAUGCUCUUUAUUUUGCCGUGGCUGCAGUUGGUCCGCCAGGGCCCACAAUUGCCACAGUAACAGCUACUGGAAGCGAUGUAGCUCAUUUCUUGCCGACUGACACUCUAGUGUUGUCCGGCUAUCCUUACAUUGUGGUGCGGAGCAGAAACGCAGAUGGUGAAAUGACAACUGGUCCAGGAAUACUGGCUACUGAUAGAUUCGUUCCAUCUUUUCCGGCUCAGUCUGUCUCGUUCACCGAUGAAGACUUGCUGGGUGGCCAGAUCGCGGGCACGAUCGAGGUAACAGCAGCUACGGAUGAGACUGACAUUACGAAGUAUGGGAUUUACUUUGCCAAUGCUUUCCAGCAGGCGCUUUCACUCAUUGCAGAGGUUCCACAGGGACCUGUGAGCCCUAACCAUACAUUGCCCAUAGGCACCGCGGUUCCGAGCCAAGCGCAGUACUUGUUGGUCUUGACGGGCAACGAUGACGGCUACAUGACCACCGGUGUCACAGUCGUGUUAGUUGACCUAGCGCUACCCGCCAAUCCUCCUGCACAGCUUCAGUUUGAUGACAUUGAUAUGGAUGGUGGUGAGAUUGGGGGUUCUCUCACGGUGAUGCGAGCAAGCUCUGAAAGUGAUGUGACAUCGUAUACGGCAUACUAUGGAAACUCUGCAACGGCAAAUGCAGCUUCGCAGGUGUCGCUGAUUGGAGAAAUCCCUGUUUCGAGCCUACCCAGUGGCAGCACAGCAGCUACAUUCUCGAUCUCUACAAACACAGCUCCGCCCGGCGGGUCAACCCAUUUUCUCGCGUUUAGCAAGAAUGCUCUGGGUGAGGCUCCUUCUGGCAUCAGCAUCUCCUUAGUUGACAAGACCAACGUGUUUCCGACAGUGUCUGUCGGUAGUGUGUCCUUCGUUGAUGUUGACUUGUCUCUGGGAACAGUUGGUGGUUCCAUUACUUGGCUUGCACCAGCAGUCACCACAGGCCUCACUCACUAUUCAGUUGUUGUGGCGAUCGACUCUGCUGGCACCGGACGGCAAACCAUUUGUGCGAACAUUGCAAUUGGUUUCUCAAGCUGUGUGGUGGGACUGGGUACAUCUCUCGGCACAGGCUCAUUCACGUUGAGAUAUAUCAUCGUCUACACCAACAACGGCUUUGGCGAAGGGCCAGGGCAGUCUGCAUUAAUUGUUGACCGCGCCUUGCCAAGCGCUCUGGUAUCUUCAGUGGCCUUCCCUGAUCUGGAUCCGGGCAUCGGCACUGUAGGUGGAACGAUUUCCUGGACACCCCCAGUAAAUCCUACGGAUGCAUCUCAGUUUACAGACUACAUCGUUUACUUUACAGACAGCGCAGGGACGCCAUCUGAUUUUUCCUUGCUAGGCCAGGUUGCUGUUGGCACAAACAGCUUGACAGUGCCCGAUGGGCGAAACCUUGCGAACUUUUCCUUUGUCGGUGUCUACACGAAGAACUCCGCCGGUACAGCACUCACUGGCACAUUCUCAGCAAUCGUCGAUAGAUUCCUUCCGCCAUAUGGGGUGCAGAACUUGUUCUUCUGGGACCAGGAUCUCAGCACUAAUGAAAUCGGUGGUGACCUGUCCUGGCUGGAGCCAAGUGAUGUUUCAGCUAUUGAUGCCUACAGAAUCAAGAUCAUUUGCGAAGAUGAUCAGGUGCUUGUUUUGGGGCAAGUCGCAGUGGGAUCAAGUCGAUUCCAGAUUCCCUUUGAUACUCCACUCGCGAACUGCACGGAGCUAGUGGCAGUUGCUAUCAAUGCAGUGGGAGAGUCGCUGGUGAAUGUCAGUACAGCAAUUGAAGACAACUCGCUAUCCAGCUGCCCUAAUGAGACCAGACACAAGUUCAUGUCCAGCCGAUGGAGGAUGGUGGCCAACAGUGGCGUCCCCAACGCCUGGCGCAUUCAAAGCAUACGUUUCUACGAGGAUGCACUUUGCUCUGAUUUGUUGGACACAGUGCCUUUUGACUGGCCCCGCCGUCCUCGUCUACUAACCGGAGCGCCAUUUGCCAAUCCCCAGAGCGAACGGUAUCUGCAUGACAUCUUCAAAGUGGGGACUCCUAGAGGUCUGACCUGGCAAGAUGACGCCAACGCUUCCCAGGCGGGAAGUCUGCCUUGGUGGUCUUCCGGUACCCCAUGCCCGGCCUAUGAACCGAAUGCUUCUUCCGAGCCUGCUUGCGCUGUCGGUUUCCGCUGGGAAUCGGAUGUUAUGGGGCGAGGACGAAGAAUGGGCUCAACUGGUCGGGUGGAGCACUCUCUUCAAGCGGUACAUUGUGUGGAGAUGGUUCAGUCCAACGUUGUCGGCGAGUACGCUUCGGAAAUUUCUCUGCAGUGGUAUGACUCAUACAGAGAUAUGUAUCGAACCUUGUUGAAGAGACAGGUUUCAGGUGGUAGUUUGAGCAUGUCCUAUCAGGGCGUUCUGGCAGCAGAGUGCCAAGCAAGAGCGCGAUGA